AUGGAUUCCAGUACUGCCAACACGAUCUCCCAAACAUCGCACGCCAUCCUGCGUGACUUAGACCUUCAACCUUCAACCACCACCUCAGGUCAUGUCAGACUGAGACGAGGGGUCCUACGGGACUCGAGUGAUGAUGCAAGUUGGGAGGAGGAGGUUGACAUCCCUGUCUUUCUGGACAGUGUGGAGUCCCUUCGCUUUUGUGGGUUCAAGAAAAGUGCGGCUGCCACGAUCCUAUCCAAUUUUCGGAACUACUACUCCCCGCACGGCCAUCCUAUCGAACCUUUGGCAACUUCAAUCUACACUCUUGUAGAAUUUGCGCUGGGUUUCCUCGAAGGCAAGCCGGAUGCUUUCAGUGAGGAUGAAGACUGGCUGGUCGCUCUGAAGGACAUGGGUAUCAAGAGAUCGUUACGGGAGGCAAUUUGUGACCCCACCUUCGUUGACAUUCGUCCCACCAAGAGUGCGAAAGGUUGGGCAACGGAAACCAUCUCAGAGUCUUGGGCGUUUCUUUGCGCAGUCGACGGUAGGAUAAAAAAGAAUGCCCCGACAAUGCGGUCCAGAAUGCAUAGGCGGACCGAAUCCGGACAGUCUUCUUCCCAGAUUGUCGGACCAACAUCUUCCAGCAACAACUCAGCUUCGACGAACAUUUCUCCAACUGUCAUCAGCUCCGAAGCCACCAUCCCUCAAGAGUACAAAGCUGGUAUUUUCUGCAGAGGUGGUUACAUUUCCAGGUUUCUCGAAAUCAAGGACCCCAACAUUAAAUGUCUCAUCAUGGAUACCCUGCUUUCGAUGCCACCUGGUGAUUUCGAGAAAGCCCGUCCUGUGCUGUAUCUGACGAAGCAACGCCAAGUUGCUUGGAAAUAUGCCAAUUACGCAAAGGCCAGAAGUCCCGCUGUGGCCUGUGGGGUGCUCUACAUUAGCAUCCCACCAGAACUGGUGGAAAACGUGUAUUAUAUGACAGAUGAGGAUUUCCGCAACCUGGUGUGGGCUUGUCGUGGGCCCUCCUACGAUCCUCGCCCCGGGGCUGCAGUUGACGCAGUUAGGGAGAGGUUUGCGAGGUACGACUGGCUGGUGGGAAAGACUUGCGGCCAAUGCUCAGAUGUCAUCAAGCGCCUCGCAAGUAAAGAACAAUUGGAAGUCCUGAGAACUGUUGACGGUGAGAGGGCGUUUCAGUGGGCGGUCAUGCGGGAGGCGGUAUGGAAUCAGAUUGCUUUGGCUUGCUACGAACGGGUAUGGAUUGAAGUUACGCACGAACAGAGCAGCUAG